AUGUCUAGGAAGCUACCCCAUCUCCUUGCCACGAGGAAAUCAAAGACGAUAAUCGCAACCAUUCUUCUCUUCUACACUCUGCUGUCGUUCCAUUCCUCAAACAAAAGAUUGUUUUCUCAAUUUUACCCUAAUAAAAAUGACUAUACUAUUUUGCCUUCUACUUCGCAUUCGCAAGAUUUGAAUUUAAAAGCGAAUCUUUCAUUCAACAAGAAGAACAACGAAUUGCACGAUUUACGUGAUCAACUUUCAUUUGCAUUCCCUUACGACCCUCAGGCUCCCAUCCCGCAGAGGGUAUGGCAGACCUGGAAAGUAGGUACCGGUGAUAAGGAUUUCCCUGCCACUUUCAAAACCUUUCAAAAAACAUGGACAGCUUCAUCUUCAGAGUACUCCCAAUACUCAUUGAUCCCGGACGACGCGGUCAUACCCUUUUUAGAGAAUCUUUACGGCACUGUUCCGCUUGUCGUGCGGGCGUUCAAACUGAUGCCUAAAAAUAUCUUAAAGGCGGAUUUCCUGAGGUACCUAUUGUUAUUUGCAAGAGGUGGUGUCUACUCGGACAUGGACACCACGCUCCUGAAACCAAUUGACUCUUGGCCUUCGCAAAACAAGUCAUGGAUGAACAAUAUAAUAAACGUAAACACCCCCAUCCCUUAUAAAAAUUUAAAGGUUUCUCCCGUCAAAGAAGGCAAAAUACAGCAGCAGCCAGGGUUGGUCAUCGGCAUUGAAGCUGAUCCGGAUAGAGAAGACUGGAGUACGUGGUAUGCUCGUAGAAUCCAGUUUUGUCAAUGGACUAUCCAGGCUAAGCCAGGCCACCCAAUAUUAAGAGAACUGAUCUUGAAUAUCACCGCCACAACGCUAAUGAGUGUGCAAGAUCCAGGCCUCCCUGUCAAAUUUGUUUUAGAUCCAACCAAUAGCGAAGACUACAAUGUAAACUAUAGAUACAAGAGACGUAAUAACGAAACUUACCCUCACUCCGACUUGAAAAAUAACGAGAACGUCGAUGGUACAGACAUAAUGAAUUGGACGGGUCCAGGUAUUUUCUCUGACAUCAUUUUCGAAUACAUGAAUAAUGCGCUUCAACACAACAACGAUAUCCUACUGGUCAACCCGAACCUGAACAAGAACGACGAAGAAGACGGAGCUUCUGUGUCAACAAGCGAGGCUGAUGGUAAUGCAUUGUUCAAAUCAACAAGGAGGUUUUAUAAAAAAAUAUCAGAAUCCUUACAGUCAUCAAACGUAAUGCCGUGGGAAUUCUUCUCCUUUUUGAAAGAUCCUGUUAUUGUAGAUGAUGUGAUGGUCUUACCAAUUACAAGUUUCUCCCCAGAUGUGAACCAGAUGGGUGCUCAAUCAAGUGACGAUAAAAUGGCUUUUGUAAAGCAUAUGUUUGGUGGGACCUGGAAAGAUGAUGCUGAUAAAAAUGCUGGCCAUACAUAA